ACAUAAAUUCUAUUUCCACUUGAUUCGUGAUUCGUGAAUCGAGAUUCUUGUCUUCACUUCAACUUCAUUCAAUCGAUAACACCUCUGUGGAUAACACUGUGACUACGGUGCGGCUUUUAACUACUAAGUACUACUUGUAUUGGAACACAAAUAUAAAAUGGCUAAACCCAAGACUGAAGAUGCAUCAGAGGAUGCUAAAAAGAUCGUAGAUGAUGCAAAAAACUUCAUUGAAAAAGCAAUUGCUGACAUUGGAAAAACUUCAGCGACGAAACAGCUAAUUUUAGGAACUGCGUCAGGAUGGAUUACAGGUUUUAUUACUAUGAAAAUAGGAAAGAUUGCCGCAGUUGGUUUAGGAGGCGGUGUUAUAUUGUUACACAUUGCCAGUCAAAAAGGAUUUAUUGAUAUUAACUGGGAUAAAAUUAAUAAGAAAGUGGACAAAAUUACUGAUAAAAUAGAGAAAGAGGCUACAGGAAAAUCACCCGAUUGGAUGGAAAAAGUUGAGAGGUUUGUGGACCGAAAACUUGAUAAAGCUGAGGAAUUAAUAAAGAAAAAAGAGAAAAAAGCCAAACACUGGUAUAAUAAUUUUAUUGGUGAUGACCAGUACCGUGCAACCGAAUCACAUGUAUUUUUAGCUUCCUUUGCAGCUGGUAUGGCAGUAGGUUUGCUUUGUGGCCAAUAAUUUUUCUCACAUUAUUGUAAAAUUACCACUAAACAUUAUAGGUAUUUAAGACAUUUAUGUUCUCAUAAUAUUAAUUUAGAUUUAGUCUUAAUUUAGUGAUUGAAUAACAAUUAUUAAAUUAUUGAUAUGAUUUAUAAAUUAUUAUUCCAUUUAGUUACCUUGUUUCAAUAAGGAAGGAUAUUUAAAAUAAAUUACUCUAUCAAA